AGUCACUAUGUUCGGGUGUUGUUCUUCGGAGGAAACUUUGCCUCUGAUCAGAACCAGUUUCUCUCGGCCGAGAAGGAGGUGUAUUAACCGACGACAAAUACCUGUGAUUUUGUGAUUUAUUAACGGAUAUACUGAUUGGAAAGAACUAAAAAAUAUGACGACCUACACGGACAAAGGACCAAAGCCACUGGGCGGAAAAUUCAACUGCUUCGAUCACGUUACAUUCUGGGUUGGAAAUGCGAAACAGGCGGCGAGUUUUUACUGUACACGUCUCGGGUUUGAGCCACUGGCUUACAGAGGGCUGGAAACGGGAUCACGGAAAUACGCUUACCACGUCGUGCGACAAAACAAGAUUGUUUUCGUAUUUGUGUCCGCUUACGAACCAUAUGAGAAAGAGCUCGGUGAUCACUUGAUCAAACACGGUGACGGCGUUAAAGACGUGGCAUUUACGGUUGAGGACAUCCAAACUCUGGUCAAGAAAUCUGUCGAAAGUGGUGUCAAACUUGUUCGAGAUAUCUGGGAGGAGAAAGAUGAGUAUGGCACGGUGAAAUUCGCUACAGUGCAAACGUUUGGUGACACUACACACACAUUUGUUGAAAGAUCGGGAUAUAAAGGAUUAUUUUUGCCAGGAUACAAACCACCAUUAACGAGCGACUGUCUUAGCUCCAAACUAUCACCAGGCAAACUUGACUUCAUCGAUCACGUUGUUGGAAAUCAACCAGAUUUACAAAUGGAAUCAACGGCACAAUGGUAUGAGAAAAAUCUACAAUUUCAUCGUUUCUGGUCUGUUGAUGACACGCAACUACACACAGAAUUUUCCGCCCUUCGUUCAAUUGUGAUGACAAACUGGGAGGAGACAGUUAAGAUACCUAUCAACGAACCCGCACCAGGGAAGAAAAAAAGUCAAAUCGCAGAGUACGUUGAAUAUUAUGGAGGAGCUGGAAUACAGCACAUUGCUCUUAACACAAGUGAUAUUAUCCAAUCUAUAAGAAAUCUUCGCAGCAGAGGUUUGGAGUUCCUGAAAGUUCCAGAUACAUACUACAACUCACUUAGAGAAAGACUGAAGGCUGAUAAUGUACAACUAAAGGAAAAUCUAGACACAUUACAGGAGCUGCGGAUUCUUGUUGAUUACGAUGAAAAUGGAUACCUUCUUCAAAUUUUCACAGAAAAUAUGCAAGAUCGACCGACACUAUUCUUGGAGGUUAUACAACGACACAACCAUAAUGGAUUUGGUGCUGGAAACUUCAAGGCUCUGUUUGAAGCUAUUGAGCUGGCCCAGGCGCAAAGAGGAAAUUUGUAAAGAUAUUUCAGUAAUAAUUAGCCAGACUUCCCAGAAAUUUUAUGAGAAUUAUGUUUAUUUUUAUGUUUCUUGUGAAAUAAAUUGAAAGUAAAAUAUUAUUCUUACUUUAGAAAAGGAAA